AUGUCGUCGUCGUCAAGUAGUGAUAAAAACAUAUUCGAGUAUCCUACACAUAUAAUUCAAGAAAUAAUCAAAGAAAUCAAACGAAAAUUAACAGUAACAGAACAAAAAACAUUGGAAGAAUUCAUUACAACCAGAGGAAUUAUAAUAGAUAAUAAACAUAAACACACUAAUUAUAGCAAAACAGACAAGCUUACAAUAUAUAAAGGAAUUCACACAGUAUUAAAACAAUUUAAAGAUUACAAAAUUCAAAAUCAAAAACCCAUAAACGAGGACAUUGAAAUGGAGAAUACAAAUCAACCUCCAAAAACAUACGCCGAAGGUGAUAUUAUGCAACUCUUAACGGCUUUAUUGCAACAACAACAAUUACAGCAACCAUCACAGCAAUCUGAUAAUGGGCAUGUUAAAAUCCCAACACCACCCUUGUAUGAUGGAACAAGAGAUGUGACCAAAAUUGAUAAUUGGUACACAUCUGUGGAACAUUAUUUAAACUUUAACAAUUUUGACAAAUCCCGAUGGGUAACUUACGCCAUAUCAUUACUAACUGAUCAUGCACGCUUGUGGUACUAUAGAGUCAAGAAAACAUAUGAUUUAACAACAUGGGAAAUGUUUAAAGCCCA